AUGGAAGAAAUUCCGAAAACUCCUGAAAAUGGACAACCGAGUCGGAGCUCUCCAACAAAACAGAGAGAUCGCGCCUCGUCUAGUGCAUCGUUUGCUGACCAGAAUCGAUGGCAAUCCAACAUGGGGUUGCAAACUUUUGGCGCGAGUCUACACGCCGCUGCGCAGGCUCUCUUCCCACAUCAAAAUCGACCCAGAUAUUCCAAAGUCUAUGUUCUUCUAGCGAGGUGGGAGACCGAGCCAGAACUUGCGGUCUCCAAAGACAUCUCCAGAUUAUACACCGUUUUCAAAGAUGUAUAUCACUUUGAGACCGAGAUGUGGAAGAUCUCCGAUGAGGGAUCACAGGCAGAAGCGGACCAAAAAAUUGAAGACUUCAUCAGCCUCGGGGGAGAUAGUGAAGAUCAUUUGAAAGUUGUUUGCUAUUCUGGUAAUUGUUUGACGACGAAGACUCGAGGACUUGCUUGGACAAGUGGAUACAAGAAUUCCAAGCACCGAUAUCCUACGGUGCAAUGGAGCAAGAUUCAAUGUGCCUUGGAAGAAGCAAUGAGCGAUGUGCUCAUUCUCUUGGACUGCCCAUAUGCUGAGACGUUUACCACCGCCCAAGGAAAUGGCGUUACCGAACUUAUUGCUGCCAACGCUUACACAGAGGAGAACAACGGUGUUCGGAAGCACUCUUUUGCUGAUGAGUACGAAGCAGAGCUUCGCGCCUUGAGCAAACUGCCUUCUUUCUCGAUUGGUAACUUUUACCAAAACUUGCUCUGCAGAAAUCAGAGCGAAAAUGCCGAGCAAGGGAAGCAGGAUCCUGCGCCAAUAUUCAUCCCAUUGACACAACCUGACCUUUUAGCACCCCGAAGCAUAAGAAUUACGGUGCACGAGGAUGAUCAUCUAGAUCACUUGGAUGUUCAGUCUCCACGGCUGCCGACAACUCCAGGGAGUAUGUACUCUAAUGGAGACAGUAUUCCCUCUUUCCAAAUGUCUUCGGCCGUUGGGCAUGGCAAGAUACCACGAAUCGCAUUUGCGUUGCGACUAAAGGAUCAAUUUCGGGUGUCUGAUCUCUCUUCUGAUCUCUUUAUGAAUUGGCUCGAGAACAUCCCGUCGACAAUUGAAGGCGUAAAGAUUGAGGCGGCAUUUCACAGUUCAUCAUCGCUACUCAUCGUCUCGAUUCCAAUCUGUAUGUCUAUAUACAUGCCACCGAGUGAUGCGACCAUCAACUUGGGUCCAAUCACGUCGAUUAAUCAAGUCCUGUCAAGGUUCCAGAUCCCACGUGAUUUGCCAACUCCCAUCCCCGACAGCGGACUCUGGGAUCAUAUGCCUAGUUCCGCUGGCGAAACCAAUGGCAUGCGAAGCAAUGGACAUACGAAUGGCGUAAACGGCAACUCGAACCUCACUAACCGUCACAAGACUACACGUUUUAGAGACCAGGAUCAGUUCAUUCCUGACUCAAGGCUCGAUAGCAAUCUUCGUCCGAGAUACGAUAGGGCUUAUUCUUCAGGACGAAGCGCAGCUAGCAGUUUUACCGAAGAACCGUCGCCAGCAACAAGCUUCGAUGGCAAUUACGAACCGGAAGAGCCUGUCAACGGCUCAUGUCAAGUUCCAACAGAUAGCGGUGGUGCGCGGGGCUCAAGUGGCUCACAAUCGAAAUCAAGCGCGAAAAUUGGAAAUUACAGAGAUGAGCCAGAUCAAAAGCAAUUUCCUCGACUUUCAAAGCCUGUCGAGUUACUCCGCAAUACAUACGACUGCAUCGUGAUUGGUUCUGGCUACGGAGGCGGGGUUGCUGCCAGUCGCAUGUCUCGAGCUGGUGAAAAGGUUUGUGUACUUGAAAGAGGCCAAGAAAAGUGGCCAGGAGAGUACCCAAGCGGUUUCAUAGAUGCUAUGAAAGAAUUUCACGUCUCUGGGGAAUUUGCACCUGAUGUUCUUAAAGGAAAUAUGGUUGAAGGUGGCGACCCAACUGGCCUUUAUCAUCUCAUAGUCGGAAAGGGCCAAAACGCAUUUGUGGGCAAUGGCCUUGGUGGCACAAGUCUCUUGAACGCGAAUGUCUUCCUGGAAGCAGACAAAGGCACUAUGGGUCUCGAUGACUGGCCAAAAGAGCUGAGGAGAGAAGGCGAACUCGAUAAGUACUACCAGAGAGCGAAAGACGUUCUUCAACCCGUUUCGUAUCCUCAUGAUUGGCCAAAACUUCCGAAGCUCUCGAUGCUGGAGAAACAAGCCAAGUUUCUUGAAGACAAUGGAACCAAAAACAAAUUCUACCGAGUUCCUCAGACAACUCGUUUCGUUGGCGGCCCAAACAGCACCGGCGUCGAGAUGUACCCUUCCGCGUUGACUGGCAUGGACUGUACUGGGGUCAAUGACGGGAGUAAAUCUAGUACUCUUGUCAACUAUCUCUCAGAUGCUUGGAACUGGGGAGCAGAAAUGUUCUGUGAGUGCGAGGUCAGAUACAUCAAGAAGAGUCCAGAUGGAGGCUACCUCGUGUUCUUCGCCUGGCAUGGAAGCAAUAGAGGCGCGUUUCGAGAACGUCUUUACGAAGAUCUCAUGUGGGUACAUGCAAGAAAGUGUGUCUUCCUCGGGGCAGGGAGUAUCGGAACUACGGAAAUUCUUCUGCGCAGUAAGAAGCUUGGUCUUUCCAUGAGCGAUAAAGUCGGCACAGGUAUGAGUGGCAACGGCGACAUGCUGGCGUUCGGUUAUAACACCCACGAAGAGGUCAACAGUAUCGGCCGCCAAUAUCCCUCACCAUAUAACCCCAUCGGACCUACGAUCAGUGGCAUUAUAGACUGCCGAGAUCAAGAAAAUCCGCUCGAUGGGUUCGUCAUCCAAGAAGGCGCUAUUCCAAAGGCAUUAUCCAUCAUGUUUCAAACAAUGUUGGAAAUGAUGCCGGGUAACCAAGCUCCUCAAGGAGAAGGCGUCUUGGAUAAGGUGAAGCACGUCGCUGCGCAAUUUGGAAGUCGAUUUUUGGGACCAUAUUUCAGAAAAGGCAGCAUCGAAAAGACACAGGUAUAUUUGGUUAUGAGUCAUGAUUCAAAUCAAGCUAUCUUGACUUUGAAAAACGAUCAACCAGUUUUAGAAUUUCAGGGUGUUGCCAACAGCAGUGGGGUCAAUAAAAUUCACGAGCUGCUCAAGAAAGCAACUAUAGCAGUCGGCGGGACCUACGUCAAAAAUCCAUUCGAAUCAUAUCUUUCGCAAGAGAUCACUGUUCAUCCAAUUGGUGGCGCAUGUAUGAGUAAAGAUGGAACUGCUGCUCAUGGAGUCACGAACCAUUUCGGAGAAGUGCUCACUGGCCAUGGUACAGAAACACAUCAAGGGCUCGUAGUCACUGAUGGUGCUGUAAUUCCCACCGCCCUCGGUGUCAAUCCUUUUGCAACGAUUACAGCUUUGGCAGAACGGUCUGUCGAACAUGCAGCACGGGAUAUCAAGAAACAUAUUGACUUUGACACUCCUAACGAGACUCUUGACUUAUUCGGGUCCCCUGGCCAGUACAUAAAGGCUUCUGACUCUCCUGCGCGCCAAGACACAAUGCAGAUCGCAGCAGCCAAGAAGCUGGUUGAGGAUACUGUUGCUCGAAAAGCAAAUGGAUUUGGAUUCUCUGAAGUCAUGUCUGGCUAUGUUCAUGUUGGCGACGGUGUUGAAGGCGACAAACCAGAAGAUUUCGAGACCGCAGCAAGAACUGCUCGGGGUCUCUGUGAAGAAUCUCGGUUUUUCCUGAGCGUCCAGACUUUCGAUACCGAUACUACUGUGAACAGGGCUGAUCAUAAGGCGAUGCUUACCGGGACCUUUACUUGCGCUGGUCUUAGAGGAAGUCCAUUCUUAGUUCAAAGAGGUGACUUUCAUCUGUUCCGAGUCGACGUCAAGUCUCCCGGGACCAGAAAUCUCGUUUAUGAGUUUGACAUGAUCUCGACCGAAGGCCAAAAGUAUCAUUUCCACGGAUUCAAAGUUGUGGAUUCCUCCGUCGCACUUGGUCCGAUACGAUUCUGGCAAGCUACGACCACUCUUUAUGUGACUAUUUCUGAGGCAGCAGAGUCCGGAGGCAAAGUUCUUGGCCGUGGAAUGUUGCACAUCAAGCCAAUGGAUUUCCUGUCCGAAAUACUUACCUUGAAACCAUCUGGCAGAAACUUCUUGGCCAAGUUGACCUCCACUGCUAGCUUCAUGGGUUAUUUCGCUAGACAAUCAGCGAGUCUAUUCCUUGCGCCACUUGUGUACCAGCAAUAUCCAGCCGUUACUUACAAUGGAUACAUCAAUGACACCUCCCCAGAUGCAACCAUCAAAAUCAUCUCUUUGGAUAAUGAUGGUAUUGAGACGAAGAUGCAGAUUUGGGAGCCUCGCAAUCCAACGAUAAUGACUAAGAAUUUGUUCAUGAUUCCUGGCGCUUCUGUUGAUCAUCAGAUAUUUGCCCUACCAACGAUCGAGGUUAACGCUGUCAAUUAUUUCACACGUGCUGGAUACAGGGUUUUCGUCACUGUUCACAGAAUCUGCCAGCUGAAAGUGGCUGAGAACCAUUGGACAACCUUUGAUGCACGGCACGACAUACGAGCUUGUUUGCAAUGGAUCAGAGACAAUGUUAGCGAUGAGAAAAUUUACACCGUUGCGCAUUGUAUGGGAUCUGUUGCUUAUUCAUGUGGUCUUCUAGAUGGGACCAUUCCAGCCGACUGGAUCUCUGGAAUAUCGUGCUCGCAGGUUUUCAUGAAUCCGGUGUGGUCGCCAUUGAACAUGCUCAAGGUCAAGUUUAGCCCUGACAAGCUUUAUUCUGCCUUUGGUGGUUCUUGGUUCUCUUGCCAGUCGACAAGAGAUGAUUCCUACUUCCAACAGCUUGUCAACCAGAUUCUACGAUUCUAUCCGGACAGUCGGAACGAAAUGUGUAACAACGUCUCAUGCCACCGUUGCUCUUUGAUCUUCGGAAGGCUGUGGAAUCAUCGAAAUCUCAAUGAAGCGACGCAUCGCCAAAUCAAUCGUUUCUUCGGCGGCGUAAAUAUGACGCUGCUUGCAACACUGAAGCAGAUGGGCUGGCGAGGACUUGUCACCACCAAUGGGCCGGACUAUGAAGACUUGACGACUGAAAAGAACAUUGCAAAUCUGGAAGGCAUACCUAUCAUGCUUUUCUCCGGAUCAGACAACCAAGUACUCAAGCCAUAUUCAACCGACAAAACAUACACGAUCUUACGAAAUAAGUUUGGUGUUGCAGGCUACACCCGACAUGUGAUUCAAGGAUAUGGACAUCUCGAUUGUUGGAUGGGGAGGGAAGCAUACAAAGACGUUUUCCCAAAGGUUCGCGAGCAAGUCGACAAGGUCUGUAGACCAGAAGGGUAUGCCUAUCGCGAGCCGGAUUGGAAGAAUGAUUGGGAUGACUGGAAGAAGUUGCCCAAGAGCUCGGAUUGGAGGACGAACUCGCCCGAAAACUCGUGA